AAAUAAUAAUAACCAAAUCACGCGAGAAUUGUCACUAAAUUUCAAGAUGGCGCUCUCCGUGAAAGAACUUGCAUCUCUGCUCAGCGUCCUGUCUGAGGACACCACCCAGACUCAGUCAUUUGAAAACUUGGCCACUGGCUUUCACCACUACUUUACAAAACAAGAUCACUUCAAAGUGGGAUCUUCAAUAGUGAUGUUAGCGUCUAAUUGCCAAAUAUUUCAAACGACAAAAUUUUAUGACAUUUUAUAAUCCACACAGAAACUGGCAGCCAUCUUUCUUCUGUAUGAGAUGUAUCGCACAGAUCCCAUAGCCGCUAAUCCAUUUGCCACUGUCUUUGUCCAUCUUUUGAAUCCUCCCACUGAGAACCAGGAAGCGGGUCAGUUUGACCUCCACUGGGCUAUUCCAGCCAUCUCCCCCGCAGAGAGAUACUUCCUCUCACAACUCAUCUCCAGUCCCACCAAAGAGGCUAACCCUUAUGUUGCUCACUUCACGUUAAUGAUGUUCAAAAAGACGCCAACUCAAAUUAUCCAACUGGAUGUCAGUAGCAUGCAGAACUUUGAUGUGAGUGGCCUACAGCUGGCCUUGGCUGAGAGACAAUCAGAAAUGCCUGCGCAGAGCAAGUCAGCCAUGCCUUGUGUAGUUCCUGAUCCUGAUACUAAGCCUACAAGUUAUGAUCAUUUUGGAAAGCCUGGUGUAAUAAAUCCUGAUGUACAGAGGCAGACAAUUGAGGCCUUACUGACAGGAAACAAACCACCUGUGGAGAACUGCAUGAUGCCAGAGUUCAUCAGACUAGCCCCGCCAUUACACAUAGCUGAAGAUGAGCUGUGUUGGAUGAACCCAGUGGAUAUGGAUUAUAACAUUGCCUGGGAUACCACCAUGUGUGUCAGUAGUUCAGCAGGUGUGGAGAUCCGACGGCUGAUGUCUAAAGCAUUCAAAGGGGCACUGACUCUACCCCAGCAGCAGCAGUUACUGACAGAGCUGGAAAAAGACAAUAAACUGGUCUACCACAUAGGCCUUACACCUGCCAAGCUUCCAGACUUAGUAGAAAAUAACCCUUUAGUGGCCAUAGAAGUUUUAUUGAGAUUGAUGCAAUCCAACCAAAUCACAGAGUAUUUUUCUGUCCUAGUUAACAUGGAAAUGUCUCUGCAUUCUAUGGAGGUUGUCAACAGGUUAACAACAGCUGUAGAACUUCCAUCAGAAUUCAUUCAUUUAUACAUCUCUAACUGCAUCUCAACGUGUGAAACAAUUCGUGAUAGAUAUUUACAGAAUAGACUUGUACGAUUAGUGUGUGUGUUCCUUCAGUCUCUCAUCAGAAACAAAAUCAUUGACGUUAAGGUAGGAUAUUUUAACUAAUUACAAGCAUUUUGUAAAAAUAUACAUGUAUUAAAUGAAAGGUGGGACUUAUUCAGACUUUUAAAAUCUUUGGACAGUGCUGACCCACAAAAUGUACAGGCCACUGCAUCAAGAUAGCAACCAGCAAUGGAGUGACUGAGAAUGGGGGAAAUACAGUGAAUUCUUAUUGAAACAUUGUGCUGUGUGUGAUGUCCCUCACAAAGUACCUUUUGUGAUAUUGCAAUAUCUAUAUCACAACAUUUACCAACUU